AACGUACAAAUUUGAUGGCUGCCAAGUUGACAGCUGUGCUGUGCUGUAAAUGGAUUUAUUCCAGAAAUUAUUUUCUCAGCAAAAUACUACGAGCAACUCUUCGUAGAUCGCAACUUCAUUAAAAACGGUACACGUGUACCUUUGCCAGUGGUAUUUCGUAACAAUUACUUCCCAUUUAAAUGUAUACAAUCGGUGUUAAAAAUUUACUAAUUGACACUUUACUUUGGGACACGUAAGUCUUGAACUAAUGAAAUAGUCGGUGCCUGUUUACUAAACAAUGAGGGGGAUUAAGGUGUUUAUAAUAUGUUUGUGUAUAAUUGUGUCGGCGGCGGAGUUGCUUGGGCCCGAGACCAAGAAAAAAAAUGACAAAGAUAAGGAGGAGAGUGAAGAAGAUCGUUCUGAGCCAGAGUCCCUGGAUUUCGAACAGGAAUACAUCAAAGGGCUCAAAAAGGAAAUUACAACGUGGCAUGAAUAUACUGAAGCUAUACGGAAGACCCAAGAUUUGCCUAAAGAGGAUGAUAUUGCUGAAGAGAAUCAGCUGAAGCAAAUGGAGUUUUCUCUGAAGAUGUUGAAGAAGAAUCUCCUGCGGCACACGGAAGGAACUUGGCUCGCAGACUUGAAAGAUGAAGACUCCAGAGGAGAUCUGGAUAAACUAGAUGAGAAUCCGCAGGACAUGCUGGACACAUUGCCACCUCUACCUGAAGAAGAGGAACCAGAACUGACACCAGAGCUAAAAGAAGCCAAAGAGCUGUACGACGCAGCCCUAGCCAAGCUAAACCGCCGCUCGCCCGACCUCCGCGCCUCCAUCCUCCAAGUGAAGGAGGCCGCCGACAUGGGCUACGCCCCCGCUAAGAUCAAGCUGGCUUGGAGCUAUCUGUUCGGAGAAGGGGUUGAGCUGGAUUUGGCCAAGGCACGGGGUAUUUUCGAAGAGCUGGUUGGAGAAGGAAAUGCGGAUGCUCAUGCUGGCAUGGGCUUCCUCUACGCCACCGGCAUCGCUGUCCCAGUGUCCCAAGCGAAGGCCCUGGUGCACUACACUAUGGGCGCUCUUGGGAACAGCGACUACGCGCAGAUGGCGCUCGCGUAUCGCUACUGGGCGGGCGUCACCGUGCCCAGCUCGUGCCAGAAGGCCAUGGACUUGUACAUGAAGGUCGCUGCUAAAGUGGCCAGUGGCGUGACCCUAAGCGGAGGCCCAUCCAUCCAGCGGACUCGGUUACUAGACGAGGCCGAAGGCACCGGAGGGGGCGGGGCUCUGGACUCUGACCUUAUUGAGUACUACCAGCUGUUGGCUGAGAAGGGAGAUGUACAAGCUCAGGUCGGGCUGGGCCAGCUGCACUUCCAAGGGGGCCGCGGGGUGACGCUGGACGUGAACAAGGCGCUACACUACUUCCAGCAAGCGGCUAAGACUGGAAACGCUGUGGCCAACGCUUUUCUAGGGAAGAUUUAUUUAGAAGGCGGUGACGGGAUCAAGGCGGACAAUGAGACAGCAUUGCGGUAUUUCCGUAAGGCCGCCGAACAGAACAAUCCGGUCGGGCAAAGCGGGCUGGGCAUUAUGUACUUGCAGGGGCGAGGAGUGCCAAAGGACACGGCGGCGGCGCUGAAAUUCUUCACAAUGGCCGCCAACCAGGGAUGGGUGGAAGGCCAGUUGCAUCUCGGCUUCAUGUAUUUCAGCGGCAUCGGCGUUCGACGGGACUUCAAACAGGCCAACAAGUACUUCUCACUAGCGUCCCAGUCAGGACACGUACUGGCCUUGUACCAUCUGGCGCACACUCAUGCACAAGGAUUGGGUGUUUUACGAUCCUGUACUACCGCUGUUGAGCUCUUCAAGAAUGUAUGCGAGCGAGGCGCGUGGGGCUCGCGUCUCAUGCUGGCCCACGCUGCCUGGCGCGCUCGCGACUCCGACUCCUCGCUACUGCAGUACCUGUCCCUCGCCGAGCGAGGCUACGAACUAGCCAUGUCCAACGCGGCCUUCCUGCUCGACAUCGGUGAAGUAAGUCUAUUCCCUGAAGAGGAGCGCUACCGCCGCGCCCUGCAGCUAUGGGGCCGCGCCGCCGCGCAGGGCUACUCCGCCGCCCGCGUCAAGCUCGGCGACUACCACUACUACGGCCAGGGCACGCACCAGGACCUGGAGGCCGCCGCACACCACUACAGGAUAGCGUCAGAGCAACUCCACAACGCCCAAGCGACGUUCAACCUAGGUUACAUGCACGAGCGAGGCCUAGGUCUCACCCAAGACCUGCACCUAGCUAAACGCUGCUACGACCUGGCGGCCGACACUUCGCCCGACGCCCGACUGCCUACUGCGCUAGCUUUAGCCCGACUUAACGCUGAAGCGGCUAUCACGAAGUUGACUAAUUCCGUGUGGGUAACGCCGUUCGCGGCGGCCAUCGCCGGCGACGCCGUCUCCAACUGGGACGUGUACCUCAUCACGGCGCUGCUGGGCGCGCUCGGCCUCGUGGUGUACCUGCGCCGGCCCCCGAACUGACCCGGGGUCGUCCGCACCAUUCUACGACGGUGGCUCCGAUGAGGAUUAGAGUAAACUAGGCUGCGAUAUACCCGACCUAAAGACUUGUGUUACAACCUUAGGCCCACUUGCACCAUCCCAAUAACCCGGGGUUAAGCGGUUAAACCGUUAACCUAGUGUCAAAUUGUACUAGUAACCAUGGUAACUCCAGGUUUAACCGGUUAACCUCGGGUUAGUAAAAUGGUGCAAAUGGGCAUUAGAGGAUAUAACCAAACGGACACGCCUUGUCUGUAAUUUUAGGUACAAAACAGUCUGCCAAUUUUUACGGGGGAGGGAUUUUUGCGUAACGUAAAAAUAGCCAUGUCAGAUAAACAAUAUAACAAUAUAGCAUUGGCCGCCUUUUUUUGACAGAGGGGAACGCCUGUUAAGGGUUACUCGUUUGGCUAUAUCCUCUAAGGUACAUGUAUAAACUUGUACGUAUUACGUAUCUACAGAUGUAGUUUAUAAUUGUUUUUCCAUCGUAUUGCUCUUGUCUUGCUAUUUCAGUCGGUUCGUUACAAAAAGUACUGAGUUUGACUAAAUUAGAAUGUAAAAUACGAACGCUUCCGAGAAAAUAAGAUGGAAAACAAUUAUGCAUUACAUCUGUAACUCGGUUUUACCCUAUUGAGGCCACGAAAACGCUCAAUGCGAUUUCGUUCGACGCUGUGUUGGGUGUGAAAGAUUUCGGUUUCACAGAUGUUGGCAUACUGAGCAUACUUUUACUAUAAGACCAACUUUUCAAAUAGCAAAAACAAAAAUUCGGGAUUGAUCCUAUAUAAAAAUUGGUCAGUACAACCUAUAAAUUCUCCUCGCAAACUAUGAAUAAGGGUUGUCGGGUGGUAUUCCAUCUAUCUUUCAUCUAUUCCACUUGCUGAUAAUGUGAAAAGUGACACAGUGGGACCUUUUGGCUGAAUCAUAGACUUAUUUAGUUACCCGGAGUUUGAUUUAACCGGAGUCAUACAACUAACCGCGUGACUUGAUGUAGUUGUUAAAAUUAACUGAAAUAUUAAUACUUAUAUCUCGAAAAACCAAAGAGAGCGUUACGACAGUAUGCAUGAAUUCUGACUAAAUGUGGCUUUCCACAGAAAAAGGGUCUUAAAGCCUCAUAUGUAUAAUGACCCAACAAAUAUCUUUUCGGUUUUAGUGAAAGUAAGUAACAUUUUUCACCCUUAAACUGUCUAUUUAGUCGUUGCCAACACAGGAAUAAAGUCACGAUUAUUAUCAUUAUAAUGCAAUAUUUAAUACGCAAUACACUUUUGUGAAUCACAUAUUA